AUGGAUAACAAGCGGAAAAUAAUACAGUCUCGUCCGUAUUAUCAUUUUGCGAAAUAUCCAAAAAAUUUAAGUCGAACGCCAAUAAAACAGCUAACAUCAUCAAAUUAUGUCAAUAACGGUAGCUUGUUGUUCCAACCCUGCAGACUGAAAAAAAGCAUCAGUGGAGGCGAUGCUAACAGCAAAAUAAAAGUGGUAUGGAAUACUAUCUUUGGAAAAUACUUGUUAUUAACAAAUGUUGUGGGAUCUGGCAUACUAAUGGUAAUUGGCGAUGUUGCGGCACAAGCAAUCGAACAACGUCGAGAGCACAGCACUGUCCAGGGAUAUGACUUUGAACGAAUUGGUCGGAUGUUUGUUGUUGGUGCCUUGCAGGGCCCUCUCCAUCAUUACGUCUACAAUUGGAUGGAUAAAGUAAUGCCCGUAGCCAAUUUGGGGAAUGUUGUGAAGAAAAUUCUUAUAGACCAAUUGUUUAUGUCGCCAAUGUGCAUUUUCAUAUUUUUCUAUUCGGCUUGUUAUCUAGAAAAGAAAACAUUGAAAGAGACCAACGAUGAGUUGCGCGAGAAAUUUUUAUUUAUCUACUGUAUGGACUGGCUGUUGUGGCCCGGUGCCCAAUAUAUCAACUUCCGUUACUUGGAUACAAAAUAUCGCGUAACAUUUGUUAAUGUUUGUACGGCAUUAUAUAAUAUUUUCAUGUCAUAUGUUAAACACGAUUAUUGAGGUACUUUAG